GCAGCAUUCUGAGCAAAACACCUGCCGUGUUCCUCACUCUUCAUCUGCUACAAUUGCCAGGGAUGAAGGUGAAGCACAGAGAGGUUCAUUAACUAGCCCGAGGUAUUCAGGGGCAAAGCGGACUCAUCUGACCAAAGCCCCUCUUCUCACCAGUGCAGGAUACUGCGUCCCGUACGUGAGUAUUCAGGUCCAGGGGCUCUCCCAGGAUGGCUCCUGGAAGCCUGGGAGCAGGGCAGGGAGGUAGGUUAGGCAAAACAGGAAGUCUGUGCUUUGGGGCUCAGGGUGAGGGCCAGGCUUCCCGAGGAAAGGAAAGUGAAAGCAUUGAGCGGACUGUGAAGAGCUGAAGAUGCUGCACCCGAGGGAUCGAUAGAGGCAGACUUUGUUGUCAGUGUUCCCAGAAAGGACAGAGGCAGUGAACAUCUCAUCAAUAGCCAUCUUAGGCGGGCCUGAGAAGAUGGCAAGUGGAGGCAGCGACCUCAGCUGCAGAACUUUCACAGGGGACCAGAACCCAGAGGAACAGAGCUCAGAUGAGCAGUUUUUUAAUGAGCUGAUUUUCAGGUUCUUCAGAGAAAAUAAGGUGGACAUUUCAAGUGUAAUAACAAAGCCCUUUCCUUUCCUUAUGGGCCUCCGGGACCGGAGCUUCAUCCCUGAGCAGAUGUAUGAACACUUUCUGGAAGCGUGCAGAAAUCUAGUCCCGGUGGAGAGAGUGAUGUAUGAUGUUCUCAGUGAACUGGAGAAGAAAUUUGACCGGACGGUUCUGGAAGCUCUCUUCAGCAGCAUUAACCUGAAGGCCUAUCCUGACUUACAUCAGAUUUUCAGAGACUUCAAAAAAAUGAUUCUUGAAAACUUCAACUACCAAAUCACGGAUGAAGGAGAGACAAAGGACGUGAUCAACUUACAGUUGGGCCGAGAACAAGUGCCCCUGGAACGUGCAUCUCUCCAAAUGAGUAAUAGAAGAGGGUUAGAAGAUACACCCAGAUUUCAGCCACGUGACAGACAAGGGGUCAGCAAUGCCCUGUGGGAGACCAGUGCUGGAGAACAGACCCUGGAAACCUUGAGAUCCCCACAAAGAUAUCGGCCAGUGUCCUGCAACCCCGCAGCUCUACCACAUGGUAAAAGAGGAAAAUCAGAAGAAACGCUCGGGUGGCUCCCUUAUAAUAAAGAAGUGACCUGUGAUUCCAAAGCUCCUCAAAUGACUCACCAGGGAGAAUCCAAGGAGGGGCUCAGCCUAUCACCAGCAAAGGGAGUAGAGGACAGCAAUACCUUUUGGGAGACCUGCGACAAAGAAGAGCCCCAGGAGGCCUCAAACUCCCCACCAAGACAUGGCCCAGUUUCUGACGAGCCAGAAGAUUUCCAAAUGAAUACAGAAGGAGAUUUAGAAGAGCUUGCUUCUAGCCCACUCUCCUCUAAAGGACAAGGAGCAGAGCUACCAGCAAAUGAAAGCGAGAAGUGUUCCUGUGUUAUGUGCUUUUCAAAAGAUGUGCCAGUAGAUCCAGAAGCAAGGAACCGAGCUAGUGACGUGACGGCUCCUGUGGAUAGUGGAAACACCUUCACUUUGGUAAAACUCAAGAGGAAAAGAAGAAAAAAGAAAGGGCAUUCCUGGACAAAAAUAAAAGGGGGAAGCAUCUAUCAAAAACAGAAGCAGCAAGACCCCGACAACAGCACUGCUGCUGGCCGGCUGGUCGUGAGAAGAAAGAGGGUGAAAAAGCAUCUGGAGGACCCUGCCAAGAUUAAAGGGAAAAAAAGAGCCAGACCUAGACUCUACUUUACUCAGAGUGACAGAGCCCCACAGAAAAGAGUUAAGAAAAGAGGGUCAAGAAAGUACAGAAGUAAUAAUGUGGAUUUUCAAGCUCAAAUACUUCCUGUGACCUGUGGUGAGGUGAAGGGGAGGUUACAUAAGAAGAAACUGAAAAAAGGCAUCUCGGUGAAGUGUAUACAGAGUAAGAAUGGAGAGUGGUUCACCCCCAGGGAAUUUGAAGUCCACGGAGGCUGCACUAGGGCAAAGAACUGGAAGCUGAGUAUUCGCUGUGGUGGGAGAAACCUACGAUGGCUGAUAGAGAAAGGAUAUCUGCCCAAGCCUCCAAGGAAAUAUUUCAGGAAAAGAAAGAUGAUCCCAAAGUCUCAUGACAAUACCUUAGUUGACCCUUAUCUGGGAAACUCAGAUGUGUGUGAGGUAUGCCGACGUGAAGGAAAGCUGUUUUGCUGUGAUACUUGUUCGAGAUCUUUCCAUAAGGACUGCCACAUCCCACCUGUGGAAACUGAGAGGACCCCGUGGAGUUGCACCUUCUGCAGCAUGAAGGAGAUUUCAGAAAGCCAGUGCUGUCUCAGAGAAUCUGAGGUCCUGGCCAGGCAGAUGUGGCCUGAGGAGCAGCUGGUGAGUGUGAUGGGAACCCCACGCCUUCUCCAUCCCUUCGCACAUGAGAGGUCAAAUGGGCGGAGUCAGGAGAAGGACAACCAGAGGGUGAGCCAUCUCUCCAUCACGGUGAAAUCACACCAGAACUCGUGGGCAGCCCUUGCACAUCUGUUUCCAGGAGCCGCCCACAUCUGGGGGGACAUCCAGAAAUGUGAGUUCCUCCUCUUGAAGGUCUAUUGCCACUCGGAGAGCUCCUUUUUUGCGAAGAUUCCGUAUUAUUAUUAUAUUAAAGAGGCUUCUAAAAACCUAGAGGAACCCAUGUGGUUGGACAGAAUCAAAAAGAGGCUGUAUGAGCGGCGGUACCAUCGCGUGGAGGGGUUCGUGCAGGACAUGCGCCUCAUCUUUCAGAACCACAGGGCGUCUUACAAGUUCAAAGACUUUGGUCUAAUGGGACUUAGACUGGAAGCAGAAUUUGAAAAGAAUAUCAAGGAAGUGUUUGCUAUUCAAGAAACAAAUGAGAGCAGUUCACCGGCAUGAUGGACGGUGUUAGCAUCCUGGAAAAACCUCUUUUUAAGCACAUUUCUCACCCCAAGCUGCUAUGAUCAUUGGCUGCUGACACCACCCCUCCCCAGAGCAUUGUAUUCAACUAUGCAUGGAGCCAACUUCACAAGGGGUUGGGGGGGGGGUAUGUUUCCUUGGCCCGGGGGCAGACCUCCAGUCCCAAGGUGGACCCACCUCUGUACUGUACUGCAAUUCUGUGCUCCCCAAGGGAUCAGGCUGGAGCUAGUCUGCAGCUAUGACCACAUCUUGCUUUGCUCUUCCCACAACACUGUCCCUCUUCCCUCACCCCUUUCUCCCAAAGAAACUCACAAUAAAUGACUUAAGAGACUUCA